CUUUCUUUCACCCAUCCCCCUCCGCCAGCAGUGGGAGAGAGAAAUCCUUUUGAUCUGCAGUUGCUUUGCUCCCGCGAGUGCGUCUCUCUGCCUUCAGAUCAAGCACCGAAAAGUUUUUUUUUAAAAAAAGUGUUAACAGGUCACGGUAUCUGCAAGCUGGUUUCUCUCGCUUCCCUCUCUCUCUCUCUCCUCUUCCUUCUUAAUACUCUUUUCUGAACACAAUCCCCUUUCUCAUGCCCCUCCCCUUUCCUCCUCGCCCGGCAAAGGGGCUGUUGGGUCUGGAACUCGCUCGGGAGUUUGCAUUGAUCCAUUGAUUGCACAUGGUCUCUUGCCUGACCUCCUUGCUCCCAGGGAAGCGGUCUCCAUGGCUACUGGCCCUACUCCCCCAGUGGCAGACUGUAAAUUCCUGCAGGCAGAGCUGAACAGAGCCCGGACGGGUGGGAGGGAGUGAAGAAGGAGCAGGCGAAGCAAAGGCAAAUAGAAAGAAAGAGAGAAAAGAAAAAGGGCGUUGCUUGGAUGGACCUUUACAGGUCUUCAGCAUUGGACCACGGCCCUUAAAAAAAAAAAAAAAAUCUGCCUCUCUAACAAAAACUACCGCUGGCUACGUUUCUUCUUGAAUAAAAGAGGCAACUGAAAGGAGGGCGAUCAGGUCCGCUCAACGAUUUUCCUCCCUCCUUUCCUGUGUUAGUAGCAUCAGAGAAACUAGACGAAACCCCUAUAGCAAUUUGGCUAUCCUUUCUCCAGGAGCCGCUUUCAUACACCGUCAGAAAAACAGUUCCUUUGUUUUUUUUUUGGGGGGGGGAGGUUGUUUUGUUUUGUUAAAAUCUGCGUGCGGUCUGUGCGUGCCUUCAAAGCAUCAGAGAAAACUUCCCGGUUCUUGGCACAGCCUUCUGCAUCGACAGGAAUGGGAGUCUUGGAGAUCCUUGGAUUGUGCCUGGCUCUCUCCUUUGGCAACACUGUGGCUAAAGCUAGUCAAGAUAUGGAUGAAUGUGUUGAUGGGACUGACAACUGCCAUAUUGAUGCCAUCUGCCAGAACACUCCCAAAUCAUACAAAUGCAUCUGCAAAUCUGGUUACACCGGGGAUGGGAAGCACUGCAAAGAUGUUGAUGAAUGUGAGCGCGAUGACAAUGCUGGCUGUGUUCAUGAAUGUGUCAAUAUCCCAGGAAAUUAUCGAUGUACCUGCUAUGACGGCUUUCAUCUUGCACAUGAUGGUCAUAACUGUCUCGAUGUGGAUGAGUGUGCAGAGGGGAAUGGUGGCUGCCAACAAACCUGUGUCAACAUGAUGGGAAGCUAUGAGUGCCAUUGCCGUGAAGGCUUUUUCCUGAGUGAUAACCAGCAUACCUGCAUCCAGCGUCCUGAAGAAGGAAUGAACUGCAUGAACAAGAAUCAUGGUUGCGCACACAUCUGUCGUGAGACCCCCAAAGGUGGCAUUGCCUGUGAAUGUCGACCUGGCUUUGAGCUCACUAAGAAUCAACGAGAUUGCAAAUUGACUUGCAACUAUGGUAAUGGAGGUUGUCAGCACACUUGUGAUGAUACAGAUCAAGGUCCAAAAUGUGGUUGCCAUAUGAGAUUUGUGCUACACUCUGAUGGGAAAACGUGCAUAGGGGAGAGGCACCUUCAACAGCACGUUACCCUCCCGACGUUUUCUAAUGACAGCAUUCCUGAAAAUAAGAUGGAGUUACACUUGAUGAUAAAGACCUGUGCUGUUAACAAUGGAGGCUGUGAUAGCAAAUGCCAUGAUGCAGCCCUAGGAGUUCACUGCAGCUGUCCCAUGGGAUUCAUGCUUCAGCCUGACAGAAAAACUUGCAAAGAUAUAGAUGAAUGUAGAUUGAACAAUGGUGGCUGUGACCACAUCUGCAGGAACACAGUGGGCAGUUUUGAAUGCAGUUGUAAAAAGGGAUAUAAAUUGCUUAUCAAUGAAAGGACAUGCCAAGAUAUUGACGAAUGCUCCUUUGAUAGAACUUGUGAUCACAUCUGUGUAAAUACACCAGGGAGUUUCCAGUGCCUGUGUCACAAAGGCUACAUGCUGUAUGGAGUCACCCACUGUGGAGAUGUUGAUGAAUGUAGUGUCAAUCAAGGAGGUUGCAAGUUUGGAUGUGUAAAUACCCCAGGUAGCUACGAAUGUACCUGCCCUGCAGGUUGCAAACUUCAUUGGAAUAGAAAAGAUUGCAUAGAGCUGGAGAUUUGUUUGGCUGGCACAGUAUCUCCACGAGCCAUACUUACCUGCAACAAGAAUGGCAAGAAGGAAAGCUGCUCCCUCACCUGUGCCUCCAAGGCUCGCUUUCUGCCAGAAUCUGACAACAGCUACACUGUGAGCUGUGGGACCCCAAUUCUGCAACAGGUGUCUCCACCAAGAUCCAGCAAUGGUAGCCAUCCCUGCAGUGAGGCUGUUGCUGCUCCAAUCAAACAAAAGGCUUCUUUUAAAAUUAAAGAUGCUAAAUGCUACCUCCAUCCACACAUGAAAGGCAAGCAGGAUGAUACUGGCAGGAAUGGUGGACUAGGCGGAUCAGCCCCUUGCUCAGAUUGCCAAGUGUCUUUUGUGAACCUAAAGUGUGAUUCAUCAAAGAAAGGCAAAGGACGUCGGGUUCGCAACUCUCACAACAAAGAAGUGACUCGCAUCACCCUGGAGUUUGAAGCUGAAAUCAAACCUGAAGAGAUCACAGCUAGCUGCAGUCUGAACUGUGUACGGCAGAAGAUUGAGAAAAAGCUGAAGUUAGCUAUCAAAGCCUUGAAGAAAUCUAUAAACCAGGAGCGAUUUCUCAUUCGUGUCUCAGGAAUGGAAUAUGAGGUGGCCCGGAAGCUGAGCUUGUCUCCUGAGAGACAGGAGAGUUGUGGGCCAGGACAGCAGAGGCUGGCUUCCAAGUGUGUUAGCUGCCUUCCAGGAACAUACUACCAUGGCCAGAUGGAGCAGUGUGUCCUUUGCCCUCCAGGGACCUAUCAGGAGAAAGAAGGCCAGCUCUCCUGUGACCUUUGCCCUGGGAGUGAUGCUUUUGGGCCUACCGGAGCAACAAAUAUAAGCGCUUGCGCAGGUCAAUGCCCACCUGGACAAUAUUCUGUAAAUGGCUUUAAACCCUGUCAGUUGUGUGUGCGUGGCUCUUAUCAGCCUGAAGCUGGCCGAGCGUUAUGUUUCCAUUGUGGUGGAGGCUUGACCACCAAGCAUGAUGGAGCUUUUUCCUUCCAGGAUUGUGAUACUAAAGUUCAGUGCUCUCCAGGCCAUUAUUACAACACCAGUGUCCAUCGCUGCAUUCGUUGUGUUAUAGGCACUUAUCAGCCAGACUUCCGUCAAAACUAUUGUAUUGCAUGUCCUGGGAAUACUACAACAGACUUCGAUGGUUCAACUUCUGUAUCACAAUGCAAAAACCGUCAAUGUGGUGGGGAACUGGGGGAGUACACUGGCUAUAUUGAGUCUCCCAAUUAUCCUGGAAACUAUCCUGCAAAUGUGGAAUGCACUUGGAACAUCAACCCACCUCCAAAGCGCAAGAUUUUGAUUGUGGUGCCUGAAAUCUUCCUGCCUUCUGAGGAUGAAUGUGGGGAUGUCCUGGUGAUGCGGAAAAAUUCAUCUCCGCCCUCCAUCACAACCUAUGAGACAUGCCAGACUUAUGAGAGGCCUAUAGCAUUCACUGCAAGGUCCCGAAAAUUAUGGAUUAACUUUAAAACCAGUGAAGCUAACAGCGCUAGAGGCUUCCAAAUUCCUUAUGUCACAUAUGAUGAGGAUUAUGAACAGCUGGUGGAAGACAUUGUCCGAGAUGGCAGACUCUAUGCAUCUGAAAAUCAUCAGGAAAUAUUGAAGGACAAGAAGUUAAUCAAGGCUUUCUUUGACGUGUUAGCUCAUCCACAAAACUACUUUAAAUACACCGAAAAACAUAAGGAAAUGCUGCCACGUUCUUUCAUCAAACUCCUCCGCUCCAAAGUUUCAAGUUUUCUUAGACCUUACAAAUAACAUCAUAUUUUCACCAACCUUCUGGGUUUCUCGGCUGCCAAGAAAACUUUUUUUCUUAUGCUUAUUGUUAUUUUUCGGUGAAUUUUUUUCUACAAAUAGAAACCCACCAUCUUCACUAUGCAGAUGCGUCUAAUAAUUGGUCGUUUCUUGGCUUUUCUUCAAAUCACAUUUACUGAAGAUUUGGCCAUGGAAGGAACAACUGGCCACAAGGAACUAAAUUCCCUCCCUUGGGUUUCCAUACUGAAACCUCAGUCCAUUGAGAUCACCCAUCUCAGUAAGUGACACACUCUUCACAAAAGUCCUCUGCUGGGACCAGUAUCUCCCAGUCAAUUCAGCUUUCUCAUAUAUAUAUAUAUAUAUAUGCCAUCACGUGCAGCUCCUUGUGCUGCCAGGCAGUUGCUAAAGAUGCUGUUUGGAUACAUUUCUCUGCAUGACUGUUUCCAAAAAGAAGUACUUCUGCUAUCGUAUCAUGCCUCUGCUUCUGGGACAGCAAUGAAAUGGGAAGACUCUGAGCAACUGCUAAGCAAUGGAAUUGAUCCAGCUGACUAUUUUGGAAAGAACUGAGAGCAAUGGACACCUGGACUGUGGAAGGUUCUGCCUUAUUUAUCAGACUGUUGUGCUUUUAAUUGAAAAAUGAAUCAAGCCGUCUUGCAGAGAGGAUCAAACAAGAUACAUGGGGGAGGGGAUACAAUGGAUAUAGAUCAUUCAAUAAAAAAGCGUAUCACAGAAAUGUGAAAAGAAAUUGCCCUUGUUGGGAAUGGCAAAUGUGGUGACUAGAAGAACAUCAUUUCAUGAUGGAUUUUGGUGUUAAAGCCUGGCCUAGCCACCUACUCAUACAGAAUAAUGUCUGGAAAAGGGGAGGGGGGGGAGCAGAAGUUGAUAAAAAGUGAAAUUUUCUGAUAUGAUUUUCCCCACAGACAUUUGUGCUGAGAGAUCAGUCUUCUUGUAAGCUCUGCCAAAGAGUAACUCAGUGAUAAGAACGCAAGUGGUGUGAAGGGCAGGAGUAAGUGAAUGUGCACUAGGAUGCUCCCCUUUCUACCUUUUUCAUAUUAUUAAGUGCAAUCAUUUUGAGUUGUCUUUAUAUUAUUUAGAGGGUUUUUUUCCCACUAGAAACUACAAUAUUUAUACCUGUCUGAGAAAAGAGGAUAUGUGUGUGCAUAUGCGAGAAAAAGAAAAGAAUCCAAACAUGGAAUUGGGAGAAUGAUGACUAAAUAUGACUACAUUUUCAGCUUUUGAAAUUUUAUUUUCUUCACUAAAGUAAACUGCAACGUAACUCCUAAAGAUAGAGUUUGUAUAUGUGAAAUUAUGCUUUGAUAACAAGCGGCUCCUGAAAGUCAGUUCAAUUAAAAUAUUAUCAAAGGCAUCUUUAAAGAAUAUAUCAAGAAUCAUAUACUGGAAUCUAUCCCCGUAUUAAAACUCUUUUAACACAUUCAACGUGCUGCUUAAUCUCACUCUUUCUGGCAAUUUAGCUUUGUACAAGUAGAAGAAUGUUUGAUUCUAAGAUAUUAUACAGAGAUGUCUAGGUUCUCUUUCUGAUGCUCCAAUAAGCUGCAGGGUCUGUAAAGGGUCUCGGGUCUUUUGGGAAGUUGUACCUUUUAACUCGAAGUUUUUUCUCCCUUCUAAUUUCAAAAAUGUAGCUAUGGAUUCUUAGUGAGGAGGGAAAUGUUUUCUGCACCUACUUAGAAGUGCUCUUGCUUUCUCAUGCUACAAAGCUGAAUCCUGUAUUGAAUUUGGAUUUUAGAAUGGCUCUUGUUGAUAUGAAAUCAUCAUGAGUGUUUUUUCCUUGUCCAUUUCAAAUUAUAUAAACUGUCAAGGCAAGCUACUAUAUAUAAAAAAGAGAGCAAACCCCACUCCCUUCUAGCACUAAGGAUGAAAUGUCUGCCAGCAAACAACCAAGCUCAGAGAUCAUUAAAGACACCACAGUUACAUAAACUGUCAGUCAAGCACUGAUUCAUAUUCAAGUGCAAAUGCUGAUGUUGAAAAGCAGUCUUAAGUCUAACCUAGCAAUCAGAAUUAUGGAAAGCGGUGUGCAAUUAUAAUCAGUUCAUGUACUAUACUGUCAAUUUUCACCAGUAUUGUGUGCUAUGGAUUUUCUAUGUCUUAUUUUUAACCUGAUCCAAAAUCAAGAAAUAGUUGUACCAAAUUCACAUUUCAGCCAUGAAACAGAAUGUAGUGGAACCACAGGGAAAGGGGCCCUGUCACAGGGAAUAAAGAGACAUUCCAUCAUGUGGAGGGGGGGGGGAGGGGAGAAGGAAACAUUUGAGAUUAAACUCUUAGGUGUAUCCGUCCUUUUUCCAAGGGAAGGCAGACAAUCUGGGAAGAUACUUGUAAUAUAGGUGAUUGAAUAAUAAAAUAUCAGCUUGGGCCUAUUCAUAAGUGGUUCUAGUUGCUUGCACCCAACAAAGCAGUGGUUUUGAUGUAAACACAGUUCUAGUAUUUUAGUCAGUGAAAUUCCAUUAUUAUAAAUGCUAAUUGGAUGCAGUAUUUUCUUGAACUUACAAGCAUUCGUUUAUUUGGUGGAAGUGGACAGAGGUAGACACUCAAGUUGGUUAUUUACUUUAGAGAAAAAUAAUAGAGACAUAACCAGAAAUGAGGGACAGCUUUGAAAAGAAAAACAAUGUGUUGAAUUUUGCUUUGGAUUCUACUUGGUUUCUGUUAUGAGAUCUAUUUUGCCUGUAUCAAUAUGUAAAAAGUAAAAAAAAAAAUUGACAAGCUGAAAAGUCCAUCUCAAAUAGGAAGUAUAACCAGAUAUAAACAAUAAAGCUAAAUUAUUUAUAGUUGCUGUGCCAUAUGUCAUCAUCCAGUAUCCCUUGAAAAAUAAUGAAAAAGGGUGUAGUUCGUAAAGUUAUUUGCACUUGAUGAAAAAAUUGUAUCUGAUUUGUAAAAAUAAAAUUUUGCAUUUCAUAUUACCCAUUUAAAUUAUUAAAUGGAAUUUCUUGGUGUUUCAUUGAUAUUCUAGAUUUUUUCCCAUUGUUUGUAAAAUGGCUAAUUGCUAAUGCAUAUUUAUUGCUGCUUGCCGUUCUGUUUCUCCCUUCCUUUAAGUUUCUUUUUCUCUUUGGAAAUCAGCCAAUUUUUUUCCAUUAGACAGUUUGUGGGCACCAACAAUUAUGGUUCCAAAGCCUGCACAUAGUAUUUGUACUGUUAAAUGCAUAUUAUUGUCUGUUAUGCCUUUCUGCUAAAAAAUAAAAAAAACAUAACUCCUCCAAUA